CCUUAAAAGAAAAUGGAAUUUAAAAUUUGAGGGAUUUCCUAAAUCUAUUAAAAGUAGUUGGUAAUUUUCAUAAUUUGUUUAAAAGUUUAACGUAAAACAUAACUCAUGAUUGAAUGAAUAGUCACAAAAUUCGUUAUACUUUUUAUUACUUGUAUGAUUUUAGAAACGGCAAAGCAAGGUUAUUUUUUUUGUUUAAGAAAAUUUACUGAUGCAUGCCAUUUCAAUUUACUUGAACAGGUGACCAUGAAUAUAAGCUUUCAUUACGUUAUCAGAUUUUAAGAUUAAAUACAUUCAACGUGUUUUGUUUGUGUUGUACUACAAAAAUUGGAAGAUGUCUCAAAGUGCACCUCUUGUAUUACGUUUACUGGCUGCUUCAGUUCCUGCUGCUGCAAGAGCAGGCAAAAUUAUAAAAGAUGUAAUGAGCGGAGGUGAACUUGCGAUUGUGCAAAAGAAUAAAAGAAAUUUGUUUGCAAAACUGUUAAUUUCACCUCUUUCUUCGUCGUAUUUCCAGAAUAUAUUUAAAGGUUUAGGAAGGAAUGAUCUUCAAACUGAAGCAGACCGCUCUGCUCAGCGUUGCAUAAUUGCUUCUUUAUCACAACAAUUUCCAGAUGUCACUAUAAUAGGGGAAGAAGGGCCCAGUAAUCCUAGUGAUGAGGUACCUAGCGAUUGGGUUGUAACUGAAAGUGAACAAGAUAUACUUUGCAAACAAUGUCCAUCAGAAUAUAUUUCCACAACAGCUGAAGAUAUAGUAGUUUGGGUGGAUCCACUUGAUGGAACUUCUGAAUAUACUCAGGGUCUUCUAGAUCAUGUGACUGUACUUAUCGGAAUAGCUGUUAACGGUAGAGCAGUUGGAGGAGUAAUCCAUCAACCUUACCACAAUUAUCAGACCAAGAAAGAUGUGCCAGGUCGAACAUUAUGGGGACUUGUUGGACUAGGAACUGGUGGAUUUGAGGUAGUAGAUCCCCCUUCUGACAAAUUCAUUAUAACAACGACCAGAUCGCAUUCGGAUGGUAUAGUUGUUAAAGCCUUGGAAGCAUUAAAACCUGAUGAAAUUUUGAGAGUCGGUGGAGCUGGACAUAAAGUAUUACUUCUACUGGAAGGAAGAGCCCAUGCAUAUGUUUUUGCUAGUAAAGGUUGUAAAAAAUGGGACACUUGUGCACCUGAGGCAGUACUUGAAGCUCUUGGAGGAACACUUACUGAUAUUCAUGGAAAUCAUUAUAGUUAUGCUAAAGAUGUGCAGUACCCCGAUGCCCAAGGAAUCUUCGCUACUGCAAAAGGUGUAGACCACAAGUCUUUGGUAUCAAAAAUUCCACAAGAACUCCGAGAUGCAUUUCCAAAUUAACUGAAUUAUUAUUAUUACUUAUUUUAUUUUGAUAAAAUACAAUUUAAAUUAAAGUUUAAUUUAGUUCCCUA